AUCUAGUGGAGGCCCAGCAGCAGAAGGGUCGUGUGUGCCGAGUUUUGUAUCAGAUGAAGUUGCAUUUUAUCUCGAUUUUAUUCGCAGUUUCGGUCACACCGACAUAAUAAUAGAUAUGUGUUGAAAGAAUUCAGAGGACGUCCACUAGAAUGGGGAUCCAGGACCUGAUGAGCUCCCUAGGGGAGAACCCUUACUUCAGUGCCGGCUUUGGUCUCUUUGGCGUGGGGGCCGGAGCCGCAGUGUUGAGGAAGGGAUACAUGGUUGGCCUGAUACUGUUUCGCCGCCACUACAUGACAACGUUGGAAGUUCCUUGCCGAGACAAGUCCUACAGUUGGUUGCUCCAGUGGAUUACACACAAGGGAGCUCGCAAUACUCAGCAUCUCAGUGUAGAGACAAAGUUUCAGCAAAUAGAAACUGGGAAAAUAACGACUCGUCAUGACUUUAUUCCUAGUGUUGGUGAACAUUUCUUCUGGUAUGGUGGUACAUGGCUUAAGGUGGAACGCGCUCGUGAACAACGCACACUAGACUUAGAGCAUGGCACCCCUUGGGAGAAUGUUACAAUUACAGCUUUUGGAAAACAAAAAAAGCUGUUUUCUGAUAUCAUAGAGGAAGCACGUGAUAUGGCAAUAAAGCAGAAUGAGGGGAAGACUAUAAUGUACACAGCCUAUGGUGCAGAAUGGCGACAGUUUGGCAACCCAAGAAAACCACGACCAAUCAGCUCAGUUGUCCUCGAUUGUGGAUUAUCUGACAAGAUCGUCAAAGAUGUAAAAGACUUCAUGGAAAACCCUGAGUGGUAUUCCAGCAGAGGAAUUCCAUACCGUCGUGGUUAUCUUCUACAUGGGCCUCCAGGCUGCGGCAAAAGCUCAUUCAUUACAGCAUUAGCAGGGGAACUGCAGCUUGGCAUUUGUGUCCUUAACCUGAGUGAAAGAGGUCUCACAGAUGACCGCCUGAACCACCUGCUGGCUCUUGCUCCUGAGAAUACCAUAAUUUUGUUGGAAGAUGUUGAUUCAGCUUUUGUCAGCAGGGAAGACACAGCAGAGAUGAAAGCUGCAUAUGCUGGCCUCAAUAGGUUAACUUUUAGUGGGCUUUUGAACUGCCUUGAUGGGGUUGCCUCAACGGAAGCCAGAAUUGUAUUUAUGACUACAAACUAUCCUGAGAGAUUGGAUCCAGCUUUAAUCAGACCUGGCCGUGUUGAUAUGAAAGAAUACAUUGGCUACUGCACACCAUAUCAGCUGGAGACCAUGUUCAGCAGAUUCUAUCCAGAGGAACCACCCCUUUCCGUUCAUGCUUUUUCCCAGGCUGUGAAGAAUUUGGGAGUGUCAGUGAGUGCAGCAGCUGUACAAGGGCACUUCAUGAUUUACAAAGAUGAUCCCCAGGGAGCUGUGCAUAACGUUAUCCAGAUGGCACAAAUUAAAACAUUUAUACCAAAAGAGGAUGAGAAGAUAGAAAACAUGAGAAGUCAGUUUGAUGAAAUAGCAGAGGUUAAGAAGAAUAAGUGAUAAGAUGGAAUUGAAAUGAUGUAUAUAAGGGUGUGUGAAUGUAACUAUGGACCAGGCUUCUAUUUUAUAAAAAGUUGUCACUUGUGCAAUUUGUACAUAUGUAUAUAAAUAUCUGUUAUAAAUUAUCAUGAUCUGUUCUCAAUUGUCAAGAAUUGAAAUAAACACAUGUAUUAUUAUGAAA